AUGCCCUCCAUUCCAUUCAUCUCACCUCAGUCUCCUAAACAAACGGCCCCUGAACGUAGCGCUCUGCUCCAGUUAUCAUCCGUCAUCGUUCCCGCUUCAUCGCCCCCUGCACGCAACCUCGUUCCCGUUCUCCCUUCUUCCUCUGUUGAAGGCAUCUCGGAGUUUACGAUCCGAGACUCUCCGCUUGUCAGUAAGAAGGCCGCGGUGGCAGAGACAAGCAGCAUCACUUCUCCAUCGAGAUCACUGAGCAAAGUUUCGACAGUCAGGAAGGUGUCAUCGCAUGGGAAGAAGACGGGUACCCCAAAGGUACUGAAACCUCUCCCUAAGCCACCUCCCGUCCCUUGUAUUGUUCCUCCCGUGCUCCCUGCUGCGAAACAGAAGCCGAAACCAAAGGGCAAACGAAAGGCGCAAGAGCCAAAGUUGCUGCCAGAACAGUACGCAGAAUACCUGGCGAGAGAGGGCCCAUCUCCAGUGCUCCCGCCGCCCUUGCCAGAGAACUCCACACCAGCUCAAGUCAGAAAGCACAGGGACAAGGUAUUAAACAGCACAUAUCUGAAGGACUACAAGAUCUUCUAUGCUAGCAAUGACUACUCUACAGCCACAGAAACUACCAGGGAGCGGAUGAAGAUGAUGUGCAGACACGGAGCGACUCUCAUUGCGAAAUACCAUCCCGACGAAGUCACCCAUAUCGUUACAGACGAUGUUCUGAGUAUUAACGGGACGCUGAAGCGAUUGGGUGUCAAGAAUCUCAAGGAGGUUCCUGACCAUAUACCUAUCAUCAGAUGGUCAUGGAUUAACACCAAUCGCUUAGUGACGGAGGUAGGUCCGGAUGGCAAGGAUGUGCGAUUCGUUAAAAUGGGCUCCGUGUUCGUCCAUGCAGCUUUUGAUUGUCGGAAGUACGAGGGUAGCGAGCUACCGAGACCGACCGUUAAUCACUGUAAACGAGAGUCCAAGAAGAGCAUAGACGACGGAAACGAGAGUCAGAUAUCGAACUUCACAGAAGAUCCCUCUCCAUCAGCCACCACUGGCCUUAACCAGAAACAAGCGGGUACAGGAUUCGGGUCUCGACACUCCCUCGCUCGUGGAGGCCCCUCAUCCAGCAGAAGGGAAGACCCUCUGGCGGAAUUUUAUGAAGCUGCCAAAGCCGAGCGUAGGCGGGAAAUGGUAGAGGUGGGUGACGAUGAGGCCCUGGGUAACAAUCACAGUCAAGAGAUGCGGGCACGACCCAAAGUUAGGGGUUUCCUAUGCGACGAUCCGAGUAAGUCGAGAGAGACGGACAAGCUCUGCCCGAAUGAGGAUAUCGUCAUCCUGUUGGAAAAGCUCGCAGAGAUGCAUCGUGCUAAACCUAUGCCGGGGGACUUUUGGCGAACUUUCACUUAUCAGAAAAUACUUCCUAAACUUCGAGCGUACCCUACACGGAUUGAAAGUUACGCUGAGGCCGUAAGCAUUCCCGGUAUCGGCGACGCGACGGCUAAAAAGGCAGGCGGAUCUUCUAUCCAGGAAAUCCUGGAGACCGGAGAUUUACGACGUCUCCUUUACGAAAAUACGAGAGACGUCGAGGUCAUAAAUUUAUUCUAUGGUAUAUAUGGCGUAGGCCGACAAACUGCAUAUAAGUGGUACAGAUAUGGCUGUGAGACCCUUGAGGAUCUGUUCAGCGGGAAGAAUGGAGUGCAAUUAAAUGAAGUGCAGGAGCUUGGUCUGAAGUAUUAUCAAGAUAUCAAUACUCGUAUCCCUCGCGAGGAGGCUGCGGAGAUCUUUGAGGAUAUCAAGAGGAUAGCUCUUCGAAUUGACCCCAAGCUGUUCAUCGAUAUAAUGGGUAGUUACCGGAGAGGCAAGAAUACCGUAGGGGAUAUUGACAUCCUCAUCACCCGCCCGACAGAUGAUGGUAAGACGCAUAGCAGGGUCCUCUACAAGUUGCUCCGUGAACUUCGAAAGGCAUCCAUUAUCACGAACGAUCUUGCCCUGCCGGAUGACUCUUUCGGCCUAGAAGCCAUAUACCGCGGGCUCUGUGUUCGCACUCAUACUAAUGUUCCGCAUGAGAAGCGCACCAGGCGGAGGAUUGAUAUAUUAUGCGUGCCGUGGGCUAGCAGAGGGGCAGCAUUGAUCUACUACACUGGCGAUGAUCUUUUCAACCGCUCAAUUCGUAUGAAGGCGGACGUGAUGGGGUACUCACUCAAUCAACGUGGUCUGUAUGCUGGCGUUGUCCGCAAACCUUCGAAGAGAACUGUCAAGACUUCACCAGGCAAUAUCAUCGCGUCGUCAACCGAAGAGGAGAUUUUCAAGAUUCUGGGUGUUCCCUGGCAAGAGCCUCAUGAACGAAUUCGACAUUAA